AUGAGCGCGUUCGCCCUCCGCAAGAGACUUCUUAGCCAGCAGUCAGCCGCAAGCAUCGAGCCGCAACCCAUCGAAGCCAAGGCGCCGGAUGUCGUCGCAGCCGCCCAGAACCCCACUGAAGCCGGCACUGGUGGAGGGCGCGCGAGAAAGCUGAGGAAGGGCCUCGAUGCGCAACUGGUGCCCCGUCGCAGGCGCGAGGAGCCCUCUGACAACGCCUCGUCCGAGCCUUCCACCCCUACCGAGGCCCCCGGCCCGUCGGGGAGCAGCGCCCUGUCGUCGGCGGCCGAGGACGACGCGCUCCCCGCGGCCGAAGUUCCGCCCGUGCGACUCUCCAGCUUCGUGCCGUCCGCGAGCAACUACCGCGCGCGCGAGGACGGCGCUGCGCUGCUCACGCUGUCCGGAGGAGAGCGUCUGGUGAUUCUCGGCAGCUACGGCAUCCGCGUGACGUCCGGCGAAACCACCAUAUACGGCGCGACGCUGCGGGCCGAGGACGAGGUGCACUGGGUGGACGCGCCGCUGUGCCACGCGCUCCCCGUCCUGCGGUGCGCGGACGCGGCGACGCUGGAGCUGCUCCCGCACCCCAGCGCUGUCAGCCUGAGGGCUUUGGGGCGGCUAUCGCCCCAGUUCCGGAGGCUGUGGAACGAGGACGCCGACGCUGCGGACGGCGCCGAUGCGGUGCCGGGCGCCACGUUUCAAAUAUUGUACACGUCUGCGGACGGCCCGAAGCGGGGUACGCUGCAGGACCUCAUCUCGCCGCCGGAGUGGAACCGUGAAAUCGCGCGGCUCCUGGACGCGUCCAGUGCUCGGCCUUGCUCCGUCAUGAUCACGGGGCCCAAGUCCUCGGGGAAGUCUACCUUCGGCAAGAUACUUGCGAACCGGCUCGUCACAGGCCGGUCGGGCGACGCCAGACACAGGGAGCGCAGGGCCCCCGGCGUCGGCGUCGCCGUGCUCGACCUCGACCCCGGGCAGCCUGAGUACUGCGCGGCGGGGCAGAUUGCGCUCGUGCUUGUGACCGCGCCCGUUCUGGGGCCCUCGUUCUGCCACCCCGGGGCCGGCGCCGCGUUUCGCGUGAUCCGGUCCCACGCGCUGGCGUCGAUAACCCCCGCCUCGGACCCCGAGCUGUACGCCGACGCCGCGCUGGACCUCGUGACGCACUACCGGAACGCGCUGGGCCACCACCCGCUGGUCAUCAACACACCGGGGUGGAUACAGGGCACCGGGCUCGACCUGCUGACCUCCCUGAUCGCGAAGCUGCGCCCCGCCGAGGUGGUGUACAUGUCGGAAUACGGCCCGGCCGAGGCGGUCGAGGCGCUGCGCGCCGCCUGCAAGGUCUCGAGCUUCUCCAUGCUCCCGUCCCAGGGCUCCCAGCUUACGGCGCGGACGGCGGUAAAUCUCCGCGCCAUGCAGACCAUGUCGUAUUUCCACGCCGAGCCCACCGGCACCGAUCCUAAGGGCAGCCCGGUCCGGUGGGACGCGCGGCCGUUGACGGCGAUGCCGCCGUGGCAAGUCAGCUACCGCGGCGCCGACCGCGGGAUAUUCGGGAUCCUGUGCUACGACUACCAGGUGCCGCUGGACCUGCUCGCCGAGGCCAUCAACGGCACCGUCCUCGCCGCCGUCGCCGUCGACAGCCCGCGGGCAUUCAGGCGGCCCGCGGGGCCGCUCCCGGUCCGAGAUCGAGACGGCGAGGCCGACGCGAUGGAUCUCGACGGCGACGGCGACGACAUCCAAGAACCGCCGUCGCAGACCUUCUCCGCCCUGGCCGAGACGCUCACCGUCGCGACGCCCGAGGGCAUCCCCUGCGUCGACGGCGCGACGGCCCUGGACCCGCGGUUCUCGCAGUCGCUGGGCCUCGUGCUGGUGCGCGGGAUCGACACGGCGCGCGGGGUGCUGCAACUGCUGGGGCCGCUGCCGCCGCCGCCACUCGCGGACGGUGACCGCGUCGUGGUGCUGGUCAGCGGGAAGCUCGACCCGCCCACCUGGGCGUACACCGAGGAGCUGUACCGCCUGGCCUGGGGCGAGGGGGAGGAGCCGGACGAGGCGGACGACGACGACGAGAACAACAACGAGGGCCGGCAAGACGCCAGGGCUGAGGUCCCAUGGAUCGAAACGCUCCGCGGCAACCAGAGCCGCGCCGGGGCGAAGGUGUGGAGGGUGCGGCGAGACCUGGGGCGCGGGCCGAGCAACGCAGGCGGUUGA